CCCCUGUUGCUUCUGAUCAGUAUUCAAACUUGAUUUGUUGUUUCUCCUAGUCAGUGAUUUCUUUGGGGGAAAGCUGGAGGAUGAAUUGAGGCGUAUUGGGUAGGGGUCUAGAGUUGAGUUGUCAAGUUUGGUGGAUCAUGGACGGUAAUAAGGAUGAAGCUCAUAGGUGUAUUCGCAUCGCUGAGGAGGCGAUUGCAACAGGGAACAAAGAGCGUGCCCUAAAAUUUAUCAAAAUUGCACAGCGGCUGAAUAACAAUCUGUCAGUGGAUGAGUUACUUACCAUGUGUUCUAGCCUUGGUUCUCAAUCAUCUACGCCUUCUAGGGAUGAAAACGGUGUCCAUCAGAUUAAAAGGGAGAACAGUUCAAAACGAAGUGAUGAUGGAUUGAAUGGGGAGAGAAAUUAUACAGAAGAACAUGUUCAGUUGAUUAGGGAGAUCAAGGGGAAGAACGAUUAUUAUGCCAUUCUUGGUGUGGAGAAGACUUGUUCUGUUGAGGAGAUUAGGCGGGCUUAUAGGAAAUUGUCAUUGAAAGUUCAUCCUGAUAAGAAUAAGGCACCGGGUUCUGAAGAGGCAUUUAAGAAGGUAUCCAAGGCUUUCAAGUGUUUAAGUGAUGAUGGUUCAAGGAGGCAGUAUGAUCAGACAGGGCUGGUCGAGGAGUUUGAAUACAACCAGCAGCACAAUGUUAGGCGUAGAAGAGGAAGGACAACUACACGUGACUUUUUUAAUGAUGACAUUGAUCCUGAUGAGAUAUUUAGGGCAUUCUUUGGAGAAGCUGAUUUGUUUGGGAGGGCUCAUGUUUACCGGACAAGGGGAAUGGGCGGUCACCAGCGGCAAGAAUUUCGAGGCGGAGGGCUCAAUGUUAUGCUCCUUCUGCAAAUUGUACCGUUCUUGAUAGUAUUUCUUCUUGCAUACUUGCCAUUUUCCGAACCCGACUAUUCUUUGCAUAAGAGUUACUCAUAUCAGAUUCUCAAGACAACAGAGAAGUAUGGGACUCAGUUUUUUGUGAAAUCUGAAUCAUUUGAAGCCAAAUAUCCACGAGGAAGUGCUGCCCGUGCAAACAUUGAAGGCAAUGUGAUACAUGAUCACAAGAACUUGCUUCGUCGCUACUGUCAAAUAGAACUCCAGAGGCGUAGUUGGAAUAGGAAUCUACCAACUCCUCACUGUGAAAAGCUUCAGAAGCUUGGCGUAGCUUGAAGUAUAGGUAUGCUUAUGUGCAAAUGGGUAGUUAAAAUGGUUACUUGGAUUAGUCUCCAUUUGGCUCAAUGAAGCAUUCUCAAAUGCUGAGCUUUUUGCGCGCAUGUAAUUCUUCAGGGCAUUGAAGAUAGCUAUUACCACGGCUAUGUGAUACGUCGAUAGCUGGUCGAGUACCUUUUUCUUGCUUUAAGGAUAGUCUUUAGUAAAUAUGCUUAAAAGGGUGUUUGUUGUUAUGAGGAAUAGUAAUAGUAAAUGAGGUUGUCUGUUGGCUACCAAUGAAUAAUAAGUCAGUCAUAGCUUUCAGUGGCCUGCAAAUCUAUUUGAGAGGGAGGCAGGGAGACUGAGCAGGAGACCCAGAUGUAAAGGCUUUGUCAUUUUGGUGAUAGAGUUCUUGAAGGCAAUGGCUUGUGUUAAAUAGACGAGAAGCUUGUUAAAGCGUAAUAGGCUGAGAUUGAAGUCAGGAUUCCAUGGCUUGAGGAAGCUUUGCUAAACUCAUUUGACUUGCAUUGUUGAAUUAAACACGUCAAUUUGCCCUUCCUGGAUGGCAGGAGGAUGUUUCUGA